AUGCCCUGUGGGAUACACGAGCGCAUACGGCACGACGACUGGAAGGCUACUCCGUACUCAUUCCUAUACGACGUGACUGAAUCUGAAACUGCAGUUGGCUGCUGCCCAAGUGGAUACACCUGUGGCUCUACGACUGUCAUGGAAAAGACUAUUCAGACCUGCGCUACCGUUAUACGGUCCCUGAAGUCAGAGGCAAUUAAGUAUCCUUCUCGAGGAUCCAGCGCCAUUAUUCCCAUGAACAUCCCCGGCUUCGUCACGGUCACAGAUUCCGAGUUCGGAACACGUCCAGAGAUCACCUCCUACUCCAUUGCCACUACUGUCAUGAACAGCAAAACCAUUACCAUGACAAUCACCCAGAUGCCUGCUUCUGGUUAG